GUGACGCCCUAUAAAGGCGCCGAGUAGUGUUGUGUCGCGCUGCGACUGGGCGUGCGGCGUCUUGCUUUGUGGCUCGUCUCCUUUUCCUUUACGGCCGUCCCGCCCCGCGCUCCUCCCUUUCUCUGCUCGCUAAGAUGGCGGCGGCCGGGACUCUCUACACCUAUCCUGAGAACUGGCGGGCAUUUAAAGCCCUCAUUGCUGCCCAGUACAGCGGGGCUAAGAUCAAGGUCCUUUCCACUCCACCCCAGUUCCACUUUGGGCAAACCAACAAGACCCCUGAGUUCCUGAAGAAAUUCCCUGUUGGGAAGGUUCCUGCCUUUGAAGGGGCUGAUGGAUUCUGUGUGUUUGAGAGUAACGCCAUCGCACACUAUGUGAGUAAUGAUGAGCUGCGGGGAUCCACCAAGGAGACAGCAGCCCAGAUCAUCCAGUGGGUGAGCUUUGCUGACAGUGACAUCGUCCCUCCUGCCAGCACCUGGGUCUUCCCUACGCUGGGCAUCAUGCACUACAACAAGCAGGCCACAGAGUAUGCCAAGGAGGAGGUGAAGCGGAUCCUGGGCAUCCUGGACUUUCACCUGAAGACCCGGACCUUCCUGGUGGGAGAGCGCAUCACACUGGCUGACAUCUCUGUCGUGUGUGCGCUCCUCUGGCUCUACAAGCAGGUGCUGGAGCCAUCUUUCCGCCAGCCCUACAGCAAUGCCAAUCGCUGGUUUGUGACCUGUAUCAACCAGCCGCAGUUCAAAGCUGUACUGGGUGAGGUGAAGCUGUGUGAGAAGAUGGCUCAGUUUGAUGCCAAGAAGUUUGCUGAGAACCAGCCAAAGAAAGAUGUGCCCAAGAAGGAGAAGCCAGCCAAGGAGGAGAAGAAGCAGGAGAAGAAAGAGGAGAGGAAGUCUGAGCCUGAGGAGGAGCUGGAUGAGUGUGAUCAGGCCCUGGCUGCUGAGCCAAAGUCCAAGGACCCCUUUGCUCACCUGCCCAAGAGCCCCUUCAUCAUGGACGAGUUCAAGCGGAAGUACUCCAAUGAGGACACGCUAACGGUGGCACUACCCUACUUCUGGGAGCACUUUGACAAGGACGGCUGGUCUAUCUGGUACGCACAGUACCGCUUCCCCGAAGAGCUGAGCCAGACCUUCAUGAGCUGCAACCUCAUCACAGGCAUGUUCCAGCGCCUGGACAAGCUGCGGAAGAACGCUUUUGCCAGCGUCAUCCUCUUUGGCACCAACAACGAUAGCAUCAUCUCUGGUGUCUGGGUCUUCCGUGGCCAGGAGCUGGCCUUCCCGCUGAGCCCUGACUGGCAGGUGGAUUACGAGUCCUAUACCUGGAGGAAGCUGGAUGCAGACAGUGAGGAGUGCAAGACGCUGGUCAAGGAAUAUUUCAUGUGGGAGGGUGAAUUCAAACACGUCGGCAAAGCUUUCAACCAGGGCAAGAUCUUCAAGUGAGGGCAGUGCCUUCCCGCCAGCUGGGACUGCACAGACUGGCCAGUGAGGGACAGCAGCCUCUGGACAGCAGCCAGUAGGAGCAUGGGCUGCUGGAACUGUUCACCAGGGGUCAAACAUCAGGAGCCUGGAUCAGUGAUGUGAAAAAUAAAGCCCCCAGAUGCUGGUA